AUGGAAUAUCCACAGCCGCAAGCCCGCCCCACGGCUACUGCAAUGAAGGUUGCCAGAAUCGGGGUGCGGGGAUCUCCACCGAUCAUUAUGAACGCGACCCUCAAGCCUCCAACGGUCGACAAGCUACAAGUCAAGGUCCUCGCCGUGGGCAUCUCCCAGCAAGUCCGAAACCGAGUCAACGCAGACCAUCCCAUGACCAGAUCCUGGCUACUGCCCUUCGACCCUAGCAUGGAUGGUGUCGUUCAACAUGAAGCCACCGGCGACCUCUACUACGUCCUUCCCCGCGGACCACGACUCCUAGCCGAGCGCAUCAACGUCCGCAGACGCGACCUCUUGAAGCUUCCCACAUAUGUCGACCCCGUCAAGGUCGCCGGGCUCACCGGUGCCUGGUUAACCAACUGGGCCAUCUUGAUGGCCUGCACCCGACGCAAGGUCGUCAUAAUCGGCGCUACUACCUGCGACGGCCGUGCCGCAGUUCAGAUUGCUCGCUAUCUGGGAGCCUCCGAGGUCAUCGGCUUCUCCGAUGACGAAGACGCUCUCGCAAGGGUCACAGGCCUCACUACCCGCGCCACGCUGGGCAACCCCGAACAAUUCCCCAAAAUCAAAAAUGUCUCAUUCGUGAUCGACUUCAUCGGGAGCGAGAAAAGCGCUGAAGUCCUGGCUCGGCUCAACCCAGGUCCGAUUCUUUGCGAACUACAGUACGUGCCUGCCUGGGGGCCUCGUGGAGGUGAGCCAUUCUUUAUGGACUUCAACCUCUCGACCGAGAAGGGGCUGCAAAUCAUCGAUCCUGCGCUGUUAAGCUGGCGUCUUACGACUCAGCAGAACUGGCCGAAGCUGCGUUUUGCUCUUCAAAUGAUGGCGAGAAUUCAACACAUUCCAUUUGAGAUUGUGGAGAAGCCCAUGACGGAGGUUGCGGAGGUCUGGAAUCAUGAGGACUUUAAGAGUUUGAAUAAGGUACUUGUUCUAGUUCCUUCCAAGAAAUAA